AUGAGCGGUUGCGGCCUGGGCGGCAGCGUUGACUCGGACGACCCGUUUGACUCGGAGGAGUCAAUGAUGGACUUCCCUGUGCCGCCCAUGCCUGUGCACGAGAUCAUGCGCUGCCUGCACUCCUCCGCUGCUGAAAUGGCUGCUGAAGAUGCUGUCGCUGAUACCAGCAGCAAUGAUGCCUCUGAUGGUGCUGGUAACCUAAUUGCCUCUAGUAACCCCACCAGCGCUAUACCUGCCUCUGAUGCCCACGUCUUUGAUGCUCCUGCUCAUGGCCGAGCUGAUGCUGCUGCAAAGGACCAGCAAGAUGGGGUGGCAUCUCAAGGCACUCCCUUCCUGAGAAGCUCUGCAUCCUCCACCAGUGCCUCUCUCCGGAGCUCCACGCCUGCGAUGGAGGCAGGGCGGGAGACUGGGAGCACUCCCAUGCAGCCAGCUACCUGCGCCUCUCCUCGGGGCUCCACCCCUGCUGGUGCGGGGCUGGCGUCAGCAUCGUCGUCGACCGAUUCGUCGCCGCUUGCAGCGGGUGCUACUGCAAGGGCGGGGCAAGUAGCCGAGUCAUCCAGUGAUCGGGCGGACAGCAGGAAGUGUCUGGACGAGCACAACAAGGCCAUCAGGACCCUGCUAUUCCUAACUCCUCCUCCCCCUCCCCCCCCCUCCUCCUCCUCCUCCUCCUCCUCCUCCUGCUCCUCCUCCUCUCCUCCUCCUCCUCCUCCUCCUCCUCCUCCUCCUCCUCCUCCUCCUCCUCCUCCUCCUCCUCCACUUAUCUCGUCGUAA